AUGACAGACCUUUCAACUGAAUAUUCACAAUUAGAAAAUCUUUUUUCAGUUAUACAACCACCAAAUGGUUCACAAAGGAGUCGUUUAGAAAGUUUACCAGAAAAUAGAUUAUUUACCUAUGGUAUACCAAUUUCUGAAUAUGAUAUACGUGAAGCUGUUGCAAAAGAAGCUAAAGAUAGAAAAUUAUGGAGAUAUAAAGCAAUAAAAAAUAUGCAAAUUGAUAAUAUUGAACAUUCAAGUUGUUUUCAUUAUGUUCUUGAAAGUUUUACUGAACAAAGAUCUAUAGCUCAAGCAACAGAACCAUUUUCAAUUGGAUCACAUAUAGAUAAUUCAUUAUAUCUUGAAAGACAAUCUGAAUUAGAUAAUAAUCAAUCAUCAUCUAAUCAAAGAAGAAGUCCUGUUCAAGAAAAUGAUUCAAUAAAUCCAUGGGAAUAUAUUAUAGAACCAAGUGCAGAUUUUGUUUCACAAACAAAAGUAAUAGAACUUCCUGGUUCUAGUCAUUUAACAAGAUGCAGUAAUUGUAGUGCUGAAGGACAACAACAUUGUUUUCAUUGUCGAGGAAAUGGAACGGAUAAAUGUAAUUAUUGCAGAGGAACUGGAAUGAAAGCAGGUGUAGCACAUCCAGCAAUUUAUACACAUCCAAUGAUUGGUACAUUUCCUCAUGCUGAUAUGAAUAUGGGAUAUCCUGGUUCUGGUUCAGUUAUUGUAAGGCCACAUGACAAAAGACAAUCAUAUGCUGCAGGAACACCAGUACAUUUUAUGAUGAAAGCAGGUCUUCCACCACCAGGAAUUGGUCAACAUGAUUUAUGUAUUUUUUGUCGUGGUAGAGGUAUCAAAGAUUGUACACAUUGUAAAGGACAAGGUAGAAAAAGUUGUAUUACAUGUGGUGGUACAGGAAGUAUAAGAGAAUUUACAAAAUUAAAAGUAUUUUUUGCUGUUGAAAGAAGUGAUUUCUUUACAGAAUCCGAAAUACCACAACAUUUAUUUCAUUUUGCAACUGGUGAUCAGGUAUUUUAUGAAUGUCAUCCAUAUGUAUUACCAUUAAAAAAAUUUGAAGCUAAAGAAGUAAAUGAAGGUAGUCGCAAAUUAUGUGCAGAACAUCUCCAAAGAUCACUAGGUUCUACAAAAAUGUUAAAACAACGUCAUUUUGUGGAUGCAAUACCAGUUGCUAAAGUUUAUUAUACAAUGGGUAAGAAUUCUGGAAUUUUUUGGGUUUAUGGUAAAGAACAUCUUUGUUAUAUACCUAAAAAAUCAUCAAGUUGUGUUAUUCUUUAA